UUUUCUAGCUUUAACUUUAACAGUAGGCUAUCUACUACAGUUACUUCCAUUUAAAUAGCAAUGAAAAGGAGCAGCACACAUGGGUCUGGAAGCGCGUUUUGUAAAAGUUGAAGGUUGUUAAAAAACACAACGCGUAUGCGCGCGAGAGACCGAAUGAAAACAUUGAGACGCGACGCGACGCAACGGCCGUAGCUGUCAGUCACUCGCUCGUCUAGAUUGACCGGACUGUAAAUGACCGCUAAACACGUCCUGUGUGAAAAGGCCUUUAAGUUUAAUAUGUUUGAGAAGCCUCGCCGAACCCACAACAUUCGCAGCGGUUUGGUAAAGGGAGACAAGAAGAAGGCGUAUCAUUACUCUCAGUCAUGAGGUUCCUCUGCUCGGGAGUGUUUUUAAUCAACCGUGGGGCUCAGCAGCUUUGAGAAGAAGAAAGAAGCCUUCAGAGAAACUUUUCACUCCGUUUUGAUACCCGGACCGUCGAAACGAGUCUUCACAACCCGCUCUGACGCACGUCGAAUGAGCUUUUCCACGAUCAUGUCAUGAAGCGUUUCUCAGAUACGCGCGCUUUAACGCAGCGCGUCGGAUUCCUGAACUGCGCGUUUGAGCGCCGUGAUCCGGAGGGAUGAUGUGGGGACCAAACGCACAUUCCCAGUAGCCUAUGUGUCUUGACUCUAGCCAGGAACGUUUGUGCAGAAGUGGGAAUGCUUUUCCGUGGGAUCUGGACGCUCCGCCGGAGGUGCUGCACAGGUCCCCUUCUGCUGCUGGGGAUAGCGGUCGGGCUGUUUUACCACACUGUGACUGUGGACCGGGACAGAACUGAGCUCAAGUCCAGUCAGCGGGACCAAAGGAACAAAUCUGCGGUGUUUGAUUAUAAACUACUCCUCAAGAACCCAGAGAGACUCACAUCUCUACUAGAAGCAUCACAGACAGAUCGUUUUGUUCAUCAUUCUAAGCACAGAUGUGCUGGAAAAGCCAUUAUUCUGACAGGACAACGUGCUCCGACGGACACUGAGGUCCAGUUGUACCAGAGAGUCCUACAGCAGCAGGGAUAUCGAGUGGAUCAGGCCCGUUAUGCAGAGACCAGCGUCUCACUCAGACAGGGCAGAAGAGAUGGAAGAGACUGGUCUGUCUUAAUAUGCCUAAAGGGCUCUGAAAAUAGUUGCCUGCGAAAAAUCAACUUAGCCCAUCCACAGCACCGCCAAAGGGUUAACAUAAUACCAGCCUUUGCAGGAGUGUUUCUGGACUUGGGCGGAGUCUGCCGGUUUCUGACGGACAGCCAGUUGUCAGGAGUGACAUUACCAAUACGCCCUUCCGCCUGCUCUUUUUCCCCAUCUCCACAAGAGGGAACCCCAAAUGCUGCUGAAGAUGAAUGGAGGUGGCCAAUCACACUCAGCUAUUCGGACAUUCAGAGCAUGAAUGCCACCAUAAACGUAUACGUCUUGGUUACUUCGGCAACACCGCUGACCGCUUUUGUCCACCGCACAGCCUUGGUCAAACCCCACUUGGAUAAAACUAGUUAUGCCGCCGAGUUGCAGGUAUUCUUUAGAGAAAGACUGGGUCCUGUUCUCUCUCAUAAGGCCAUUGAACACAUGAAUCACGUCAUCAGUGACAUCCUGAAAGCUGCUUUAUUAACCACAAAGGACAGCAGCUCAUUGUCCAGGUGCCAGCUGUGUUUUCAGUUAAUGACCUUCUCAUUGCACUAUAACUCUUCUCUUCAUCCGGUAGUGGUGAAGCUUCAGACUGAUCUACACUUUGAGGGAAUGAAGGACCCUCACUUUGACGGACAGAUAGCCAAAGAGUAUAUGCUGGAGGAUGUGCUGAAACUGCUUUUCCCAGCAUGCAGCAGCGAGGCUGUGGAGCCUAGUUUGCCAUUUAGAACAAAGGAAGAGAACCAAAAGUACGGUGACUGUGAAGGGCCAAACACUCUGUGUCUGCCUCCGGAUGAGAUGCAUUUAUUGCAACAGUUUAAUCAGCACCUCAAGAGACCAGGACCCUUUCAGCUGCUCUACCCUACAUGUCCUCUUCCUGACGAUCCUCAGCAUGAUCUAAUCCAGACAGAGUCCCUCAGCGCACAGGAUUAUGGAUGGAGACCAGCUCUCAUGGCCCUGCUCCAAGAGCUCAGCCUUUACUACACGAGAAAACAUCAGACUGAAAGCUUGGAUGACCCAAAGAGCCCAGAGGCUUCAGACCCGCCGUCAAGAAAAGGGAGGUGUGUUGAUCCCCACCUGAGGCAGUUGUACACAGACCCUCCGAUGGUGCUGAUGCCAGCGUUUAAUGCAUGGGAGAAGGAAUAUCGAGCCGAGGUUCCGUUUGAUGUGAUCACCAUUCGUAUCCGGCCAGAACCAGUCAACCCUCAUUGCCACAUUCACCUGGAUGAACAUCGUGGACCCAGGAUGGCAAACUACCCGGCUGGCCUGGGAAACAGCAGAAUCAACAUUCUGGUGAUGGACGAAUCAGAGGCUGAACCCAUCGUCAUGACGAUAUACACUCUGCACAUAUACCGCGAAAGCAGGCCCAGUCUGCCAAUGUUUGAUGAGUAUGUGAUGUGCAGCUUCAUGCAGGUUAUUUUAAGCGUUGGAGAUUCUUAUAGUCCACAAGAGGAGGUUUCAGUGCCUGUUCAGUACCAGUUAACUGAUAGCGCUGAUCGUAGAAUCACAGUUAUAGUGGAUCACACAGUGUUGACUCAUGUUGUGUGA